AUGUCCGUUAUUCUACCUCAAAUGGCAUAUCAAUCCAUUCUCGUUCACGGACAAGGAGACCCUGUUAACAUUCUUUGCGUUCUCGUUACAGCUGGCUACGACCACACAAUCAGAUUUUGGGAGGCCCUCUCUGGUAUCUGUUCUCGAACAAUUCAACACCCUGAUUCUCAAGUCAAUCGAUUAUGUAUAUCCCCAGAUAAGCGUUUCUUAGCUGCGGCUGGCCAUCAUACUGUCAAGCUUUAUGACAUUAAGUCAACCAAUCCAAAUCCGCUUCUCACAUUCGAGGGACACACAGGAAAUAUUACAGGCGUCGCAUUCCAUUGCGAAGGAAAAUGGAUGGUUACAAGCUCUGAGGAUGGCACAGUUAAGAUCUGGGAGACUCGGAGUGGUACCGUCCAAAGAAGUUAUAGUCAUGGCUGCCCAGUUAACGAUGUAGUGAUUCAUCCCAAUCAAGGAGAAAUCAUUAGUUGUGAUCGCGGAGGUAGUGUUCGUAUUUGGGACCUUGCAGAAAAUAACUGCUCCCAUCAACUUAUUCCAGAGGAAGACGUACCUGUUUCCAGCGUCACUGUCGCAACUGAUGGAUCAACCUUGUGUGCUGGUACUAACUCGGGCAGCGUCUACGUUUGGCAGCUCCUUCAAUUCCGCGAAAAGACUCAGCUUAUGCCGAUUACUCACUUCAAAGCUCACAACCAGUACAUCACUAGAGUUCUUCUCUCUCCUGACGUUAAGAAACUCGCAACAUGUAGUGCCGACCAUACGGCCAAGAUUUGGGAGGUAGACUUUACUGCCCUAGCUCCUAAUCCAAACCAGCCUCAAACAGAAGCAAGAGCAUUCAAUCUUGAAUCAACCUUGACUGGUCAUCAAAGAUGGGUCUGGGAUUGCGCUUUUAGUGCCGAUUCGGCUUACCUUGUUACUGCCUGUUCAGAUCACUAUGCUCGUCUUUGGGAGUUGCACAGUCAGUCAGUAAUCAGACAGUACAAUGGUCAUCAUCGCGGACUCGUUUGCGUUGCUUUGAAUGAUUAUUCCGAAGCUCGUUAA